AUGGCAAACCUAUCUAACGCUACGAUGCAGACGAAACUUUUGAGAAUGUACCAAGUUUACUGUUUGAUGCUGGGAAUCAUGACAAGUAAUAUGGCAGACGACUUCGGACUAGUGUGGCGUCAUCACACCUGCUGUUUACCUUGCCUCCCUUGUCCCUCUCGAUUUGAUGAUCCGACUAGUACCUCCUAUUCGAAUCUCGUUCAUGUGCUCGUGAAGCUGUUUUCAAGGUAUAAUUCAGGAGCUAUUCCUCAAGCCUCUCUUAACACAUACACUGUCGCCUCUUAUUGCUAUACUUGCAAACACAAGGCAUUGCCUCCAUGGCUCAUCUUCGUGGUUCAGUUCGUGUACCCUGAGCAAACUAUAGACGUCUAUCUCUGGUCUCCUGCUACACAUCGAGUGGAGUUCUUAUCAUUUUGGCCAUCAUUCCGAAUUUCUUUGACGGUUGUGAUUAUCCGUAUCCCUAGUCCUGAGGUGUGCCCUUUUGGCAAAUUUACCGUGUCGUCAUCAUACCUGCUGUUCGCCUUGCCUCCAUCUUUUCAACUGGUUGAUCCGACUCAUGCCUCCUAUCCGGAUCUACCUAAUGGGCCCGUAGAUCCGUUUCUUAUCUUUAUGGUUGACCGAUUUAACUCGGUUCCAGGCGCUAUUUCUCAAGCCCUUAGUAGUACGUACAAUGACGCCUCACCUGUAGACGGCCUAGGCCAUGCCUGCAGAUAUUAG